CAGUAGGGGGGGGGGGAAGAGAAAAAGAAAAUUCUUAUGGAAAUUUCUUUCUUUUGAAAUUCAGUUGAUAUUUAACGUUCUUCGAGUUUAAAGCAUCUUGCAUACGUUGACACUUUUUCAAGUCGAAAAAGUUGUUAAUUGGUCCAAUAAUUCUCAAAUUCUCAGGCCAAUUGACAAACAAUAAUGGAAAAGAACGCUUAUCCUUUGAUUGAAAAGCGAGAAAAUGGAACGCAAAAGAGAAGUGGUGAUGAUGAAGAAAGGGGAAGGACUGAAGAAUUUGAUCCUUUCGCAAAUCGUGACGAGAAAACUUCAACGACGGAUUGUGAUACACUGAUGCAUUUAUUAAAAGCAUGCUUGGGAUCUGGAAUUUUAUCAAUGCCCGAUGCAUUCAAAAAUGCAGGAUUUCUUAUUGGUUUAAUAUCAACUUUUCUUGUCGCUUUCAUUUGUACACAUUGUUCAUAUAUUCUUGUGAAAUGUGCACAUGUUUUAUACUAUAGAUGUGAAAAAAAACAAAUGUCUUUCGCGGAAGUUGCGGAAAAUGCAUUUUCUACUGGUCCACAAUGGGGAAGAAAAUUUUCCAAACCCUUUGGAUAUUUAAUUAAAUUUUGUCUCUUCAUAACAUAUUUUGGAGCAGUGAGCGUUUAUUCAGUGAUUAUUGCCGAAAAUAUAAAACAAGUAUUAAAUUAUCAUUUCGAAACAGAUAUUGAAGUACGAGUUUUAAUAGCAUGUUUAUUAAUUCCAUUGAUUUUAAUUUGUUGGAUACCAAAUUUAAAAUAUCUUGCUCCAUUUUCCAUGGUAGCAAAUGGUUUUAUGGGAAUAAGUUUGGCAAUUACAUUUUAUUAUUUAAUCAAAAAUUUCCGUCCAUUAAGCGAAGUUCCAAUGAUAGCGCCAAUAGGAAAUUUUCCAAAUUUUGUCAGCAUCACUAUUUUUGCAAUUGAAGCUAUAGGUGUGAUAAUGCCAUUGGAGAAUAAAAUGAAAAAUCCAAAAAAUUUUUUGGGCACUUUUGGAAUUUUAAAUAAAGGAAUGUUUGGAGCUACUGUUAUUUAUGCUAUUGUAGGAUUUUUGGGAUAUUGUGCUUAUAUAAACAAAACAGAAGCUUCUAUUACUCUUAAUUUUCCACCAGAAGAAAUACCAUCGCAGAUUGCAAAAAUAUUUAUUGGCCUAGCUGUCCUUGUUACUUUUGGUUUACAAUUUUACGUUGUCUUGGAUAUUGCUUGGAAUUCAAUGAAACAUCAUUUUGAAUCGAGACCAACUAUUGCAAAUUAUGUUUUAAGGACCAUUCUUGUUAUAUGUUCUGUUUUAUUGGCAAUUGUAGUGCCGACUAUUUCACCUUUUGUUGGAUUAAUAGGAGCCGUUUGUUUCACGAUAUUGGGUCUCUUGAUACCAGUUGCUAUUGAAAUGAUAACAUUUUGGGAUGAAGGUUUUGGUCCAUUUAAUUGGAUCAUUAUUAAAAAUAUUAUAAUUGUUAUUGUUGGUUUAAUAGCCGCAGUAUCAGGCGCUAAUGGUUCUCUCACACAAAUUUUUAGUAUAUAUGUAAAUUAAAAUUAUUAUUUUCAUCGUGUAAACAUUUAAAUAAUUUUUAUAUAUCGACAACUCAAUUGUUAAGGAGUGCACUGUUUUUUUUUACCCAGAGAACAAUUUUUUUCUAAAAUCGUUUAGUUAGUAUUUUCCUAAAGACUGUUAUUAUUAAAAAUCAUUUUAAAAAAACAAACUAUGUACAAAAAAAAAAAUAUGUAGAAUAAGUUAUUGAAUUUCAUUUGAAUAAAGGAAAAUUGUUUACAAUAAAAUUAAAA